GCAGAACAGUAAUGGAGUUCAUGAGCACUGGAAGUGACAACAAAGAAGAAGAAAUCGAUCUAUUGAUCAAACAUUUGAACAUGUCUGAUGUAAUAGACAUUAUGGAAAACCUUUAUGUGAGUGAAGAGCCUACAGUUUAUGAACCUCACAGAAUAACUCGGUGUCAAGACAGGAAUGAAAACGACGAGCGCUCAGACUCUCUGCUCCUCAGUGGGCAGGAAGUGCCCUGGCUGUCAUCUGUCAGAUAUGGAACUGUGGAGGAUUUGCUUGCUUUUGCAAACCAUAUAUCUAAUGCUACCAAGCGCUUUUAUGGACACCGUCCACAAGAAUCUGGAAUUUUAUUAAAUAUGGUGAUCACACCCCAAAAUGGGCGCUACCAAAUAGACUCUGAUGUUCUCCUUGUGCCUUGGAAACUGACUUACAGGAAUAUUGGUUCUGAUUUUAUUCCCCGGGGUGCCUUUGGAAAAGUGUACCUAGCACAAGAUAUAAAGACUAAGAAAAGAAUGGCGUGUAAACUGAUCCCAGUGGAUCAAUUUAAACCAUCUGAUGUGGAGAUCCAGGCUUGCUUCCGGCAUGAGAACAUUGCUGAGUUAUACGGUGCUGUUCUCUGGGGUGAAACUGUCCAUCUCUUCAUGGAAGCAGGAGAGGGAGGAUCUGUUCUGGAGAAACUGGAGAGCUGUGGACCAAUGAGAGAAUUUGAAAUUAUUUGGGUGACAAAGCAUGUUCUCAAAGGCCUUGAUUUUCUACACUCAAAGAAAGUGAUUCAUCAUGAUAUUAAACCUAGCAACAUUGUUUUCAUGUCUACAAAAGCUGUUCUUGUGGAUUUUGGCCUGAGUGUACAAAUGACUGAAGACAUCUAUUUUCCUAAAGACCUCCGAGGAACAGAGAUUUACAUGAGCCCAGAAGUGAUCCUAUGCAGGGGCCAUUCUACCAAAGCAGACAUCUACAGCCUGGGGGCCACGCUCAUCCACAUGCAGACAGGCACCCCACCCUGGGUGAAACGCUACCCUCGCUCAGCUUAUCCUUCCUACCUGUACAUAAUCCACAAGCAGGCACCUCCUUUAGAAGAUAUUUCCCAGGACUGCAGUCGUGGUAUGAGAGAACUAAUGGAGGCAGCCCUCGAGAGGAACCCCAAUCAUCGGCCUAGGGCUGCAGAUCUACUGAAACAUGAUGCCCUGAACCCACCCAGAGAGGACCAGCCCCGCUGUCAGAGCCUGGACUCUGCCCUUUUAGAUCGGAAGAGACUGCUUUGUCAGAAGGAGCUGGAACUUCCGGAGAACAUUACUGAUUCUUCAUGCACCGGAAGCACUGAGGGAUCUGAGAUGCUAAAGAGGCAAAGAUCUCUCUACAUAGACCUGGGAGCACUGGCUGGCUAUUUCAACCUUGUUCGUGGUCCCCCAACUCUAGAAUAUGGUUGAUUGUUGACAUCAUUUGCUCUGUA